GAAAACCAGGCCCAAGCCAAAUAGUCGCUUCAAUGACCAAGAGACUGACGAUUUUUUCAAAUUUAAUUGUAAAUAUGUGAGCAUCUGGAUGUGUGUUACCCUCUCCGGUGUUUGGUUGUUUUUGUUAUCAUACAUGUUAGCUAUUGUACACUCGGAAUUCCAUGAACUGAACAAAGACGUGAAAAAAUGUAAGUACCAAUUUCGAGUCAAAGUAAUGGUGUGUAUUCAAACAGUCUCACAAAUCAAAGGUCUUUAUCGCUUUUUCGAAGUAAAAAUAAUUUUUUUUAUCAAAAUCGGCGCAUAUCAUUAAACCAAACUCAAUUGAUAAAUUAAACAAUGAGAAUGUUUGAGACACUCUGUGUUUUUUGCAUGCCAUUUUCAAUUGAAAUCAUUUAAAAAUGAUUUACUAUCUGCCGUCAUUAUCACACAAUAUCAUUCAUUGUUGCAAUUUAUUGAAUUUACGUUAUCACAAAAUACUGUUUACAUCACGAUAUAUCGUGACUGACUCGGUUGGUUGGUUGGUUUCAUUGCGACAUUAUUUACCAGUCGGGUAUUAACCGUCAUUCAGUCGGUACGGCUGUUUUCAGCAGAAAAAUAAACCUGAAAAAAAAAACAGUGUAUCCACCGUGGGUUCAUAUGUACUUUAAUAUCUUAUCAAUACAAAAUCCAUUCGUUUUUUUUGACAUUGUGUGGGUGUAUGUCUGUGUGCGUGCGUGCGCGUGUAUUUGUGCAUGACUGAAUACGUGAAACAUUUGCCGAAUUGUCGCGGUGAAAAUGCACACAAAGUGAAUUCGCAUGCGCGGCAAUUUGCCAUAAACGGGGCAAAAUACAAACUCAAAGCUUUUAUUCCACACACUUUCUCAGUCUCAGUUGGCAAAGGGCACCAUAGUUACAAUUCAAGUGGUCGUGUGCAGAACGAUUUGCUAUUAUCGAGGUUAAAAAGACCCUGACGUGAAAAUCCAACGUGAACAUUUUUAUUUUUCGACAUUUGUGUUUAUUUUUUUCUUUCUGUUAUUCUCCUAUAAAUAAAAUGACCUUAAUUGUCAAAGAAUUUUUCUGCGUUGUGUGAAUUCAAUAAAUUGUUGUCGAUUGUAAACCAACAUUUGGCAUGGUAUAAUCGAUUGUGUUCUGUUUCGCGCUUUGCCAAAGCAAAAAUAAAACCCACUUCAGUUUUAACACCAAUUCGUCCAUUUGUGCCGUUUUAACGUAAUAGUUUCUUUUCUAAAUCGAUAAUAAUUGUAACAGAAAAAAAAAACCACCAGAAAAAAGAGAAAGUGCUAAAAAUGGAUAAAAGCAGACAAGAAUAAACCCAAUUUUUUUCCUUCUGCAAAUGGGCCGUUCCAUCACAUAAAUAAUAAACGAGCUGACAAAGCAUAUGACGACAUAGAACAGAAACUACAUAUUGGUGGAAGGAUCACGUGACAUAUAUUCAAUCGUGCUCGUUUGAAGUUAGUGCGCGUGAGUGACGCUGUUUACAAUCCGAUUGUGUUCAGCCAUCAAUUUUGAGCAGAUUGACAUCAAAACAUUGGCUUGUUGUUCUUUAAAUCGUUUAACGUUGUUUGUGACACAACAAAAACAAAAGCACAUCAAUUCAAUUGAGAAGUCGCAACCAAAGCGAAAUCCAUAGAAUAGUGAAUCCAGUGUAUAAACGAAAUGGAUUCGGUUAGUGUGCCGCUUCGAUCGAGUGGUAAAAAAAUGCGAAAAAGACGCGAAUUAGACGCACUUGUUGCCCAUUCGCUGGCAAAAAGAGCAUGCAAUUCAGGCAAACGGCAAGCGGCUGGUAAUGGCAUCAAUUCACAGGAUCAAUUGCUGUCACAAUCCACAGACGAUCAGGAAGAAUAUUCAUUGUCGAAAAUUCAAAUAGCGAAGCGUCACCGAAAGCAUUACUCAUUUUUGCGAACCUGUGCCCCAUUGCUGUUCAUUUUCAGCGUUUUUCUUUUAAUUUCGCUCAUGUAUUGGCUAUAUUUCGAUUUGCGCGAACAGCUGUCCGAUCAUCGUAGCAAAAUUGAACAAGUGUCUGCAAUAUGUUUAAGUAUGCCAGAGACGUUACAGAAACUGCAUGAAAGUUCGAAAACAUUGGAGCAAAAUCAAACCGCCAUUAGCCAGAAGAUAUACGAAGUUCAACAGCGUUUAGAAACGGUUGAAAAGGAGUUUACACAGCUAAGGGACAGUAUUCGCAAGGGCGAUGGUCCGGAAGGAGACAAAGCGGUUGAUUUGAAAGAUACCGUUGCUGGGUUUGGUGCCAAAAUUCAAGCGCUUGAAACUGAUGUUAAAUCACUCAAGGAAGGAUACUCAGGCAUACAAUCCACACAGCAAGCCGACCGAGCACGCUUAGAAGCGCUACAAAGUGGCAUUGACAGUAUUAACAAUUCAUCGCAUUCAAAUUUCACGGCCAGCUUGCAAAAUGAAACAUCGGCCUGGGUGAAAAAUCUAACAGAACACUGUUCAAAUGGAUUGAAAAAUGUGUCCGAUGGAUUGGCUGCGUUGAAUGUGCAAUAUACGCAGAAAAUGCAAACCAUCGACACGGAAAUGCAUGACCAUCAAACCAAAUUGGAUGGGCUGAAUGAGAAUUUUGCAAAUGUUUCGUCUCACGUCAAUUCGAUUGAAAGUGAAUGGCCGAAAUUCAAGCAAUCAAAUCAACAACUCGAUGCCACGGUCUCGCGUGUCAAUACCGAAUUGAAUAGUCUUAAAUUGAAUGUGGGCAAUCUGAAUGCAACACUCCGUGAUUUGCUGGCCCAACAAGGAGCGAAAAAGGCAACCGCACAAGGCUCGAUUGCGAAUAACUCAAUGUUUGCUGAUUCGCAGAGCCUCGUGAGUGGAUUGCAGGCGAAUCAAAAUGAAUCCAAGGUCACGGGUUUUCCAUCGGAAAUCCUAAACGGAGAUGAAUCGAAAAAUGCAACCAAUCCGCAACCAAUAACACCUCAGCCCUCAAACAGUAAUGCACAGUCAUCAUCAUCAUCCGCCGCUACAUCGACCACAACCAACCAACCAUCAAUGCAUUAAAUCAAGUGAUGUUUCGUACAUACAGAAAAGAAAGGCGCCUGUUUUAUAAACCUUUGAUCAAAUCGUUUUCAAAAACCAACAAAAACACACACACUCAAAUCAACUUACCAAAAUCGAUUGAAUCGACCGAUGAAGAUGCAUUUUUUUUUCAUUGUUAAGGCUUAAAUCCUAGUCGCUUUUAUAGAUGAUGAACAGUAUUUCUAGUACAAAUUGAACGAAUUAAACUGGGUGAACCAUAAUAGCCGAAUUAGUGCACGAUUUCUCGCAAAAUAGUUGAACAUGAAAAGUAUAUGAAAAUGCACCAUCCGUAACGUAUAUUCAAUAAAGAAACAUACACACCACAAA